GCGUAAAUUGCUUCACACAAAGGUCCUACAGGCAUCUCUGCUCUUAGAAAUGACGUUAGUGGAGGGUUAAUCAGCUGAUGAGCGAUGAAAUAAACCAAAACAACACGGUUUUAUCUCUCAAGGGACGCUUAACUCUGACCGAUACUUGAGAGUAUUCUGGUCGGACACUGUUGACAUGUUUUAUUUGGGUAAGCGCAGAUAGCAGAGCAUCUGUAACGCGCUAAUCGUUACAUGUCGGUAUUUAUGCUAAGUCAGUUCCACCGAAUGUUAACGUUAUUCGGGUAACCUCGGGCCUGUUUGGAUGUUUUGUUCAUCUUUAUUGGACUGUCAUCAUGGACAAGAUUUUGGAGGGCCUUGUGAGCUCCGAUCACUCUAUUUUUGUGAAGAGGGCCAUUGUGAAGAAGGUAGUGGAAGCAGCAGAGAAAGAGAUGACAGAGGAGCAGUGUCAGGCACUGUUUACUCUCACCACCCGCCUCAUCUUACUUGGUGAAGAUGCCUUCCAGAAGCAGAUUGGCGUCCAAGUUUUGGAAGCGUAUGCACGCUAUCACCGCCCAGAGUUUGAGUGUUUUUUCAAUAAAGAGUUGGUCCUUGGGCUUUUACAGCAGGGCUAUGGCCAGCUGGACCGCAAAGACCCAGCCAUAAUAGACUACAUUCAUUGCUGCUUGCGGCUGAUCAUCAGCUGCCCCUCAGUGCUGGAGAUCUUCAGUGUGAUCCAGGUGGAGGUAUUGAGGAUGGUGUGUGAACGUCCAGAGCCAGCUCUCUGUGCCCGCCUGAGCAGUUUGCUGUCCGACUUUGUGCAGUGCAUACCGAGAGACAAGUCGGGUGUUUUGUUCUGUCAGCAGCUGGUGAGGACCAUCAGUUAUUUUCACUGCUUUGCCAGCCAGGAGCGGGAGCUCAGAGAGUAUGUAGGUCAGGUGACCAAGGUUAGCACACUUCUGCAGAACAUCUGGAAGGCUGACCCAGCCACACUGCUUCCCUCACUACAGGAAGUCUUUGCCAUUAUCUCUUCCACAGACCCCUCCUUUGACCCAUCCAUCGCCCUAGCCAGCCUGGUCCAGCACAUCCCCGUCCAGAUGAUCACAGUGCUUAUUAAAAGUCUCACCACAGACCAGAAUGUCAAAGAUGCAAACAUGACUAAAGCACUCUGCAGGAUGAUUGACUGGCUUUCUUGGCCUCUGGCUCAGCAUGUGGACACCUGGGUCAUCGCUCUACUGAAGGGACUUGCUGCAGUUCAGAAGUUUACUAUCCUUAUUGAUGUCACGCUGCUCAAGAUUGAACUGGUGUUCAGUCGUCUGUGGUACCCCAUAGUGCGGCCAGGAGCAUUAACUGUGCUCUCUCAUAUGCUGCUGAGCUUCCAGCACUCUCCAGAGGCCUUCCAUUUGGUUGUUCCACAUGUGGUACAUCUAGUCCAGUCAUUAAGGCCAGAUGGUCUCCCCACCAGUAGAACUUUCUUGCUGCAGUUCACUGAGCUCAUACACUGCAUGAUGUACCAAUACUCUGGCUUCCCUGACCUCUAUGACCAGAUAUUAGAGUCCAUCAAGGAUCUCCCAAAACCCGCAGAAGAAAAGAUAAAACUGGUGUUGAAUCAAAGUGCCUGGACAUCUCAGUCCAACUCAUUUGUCUCUGGUGUACUGAUGCAAGCUGGGAAGUCUGAGACAGGCAAGACAGGGCUGGUCAACCUGGGGAACACCUGCUAUAUGAACAGCAUCAUCCAGACCCUCUUUAUGGCAACAGAUUUCAGGAGGCAUGUUUUGUCAUUACAUCUAAAUGGUUCCAACACACUAAUGAAAAGGCUUCAGCUGCUUUUUGCUUUUCUUGCACACACUCAGAGGGCAGCAUAUGCUCCCAGAAACUUCUUGGAAGCAUCUCGGCCUCCCUGGUUCAAUGCGGGCUCACAGCAGGACUGUUCUGAGUAUCUCAGAUUUCUUUUGGACAGGUUACAUGAAGAGGAGAAAACACUUCAGGUCCUGGAAUCAGCUAAGCCAAAGGUUGCAUCCCCUGUUGACACAAGAAGCAAAGGUCAAACAGGUCAGACUUCUCCAGCAGAGGGUGAAGAGUCAUCUUUGACUCCUGCAGAAAGCAAACCUGGAUAUGAUGGCAGGACUUUGAUAGAAAGGAUGUUUGGUGGGAAGCUGAUCACAGGUAUUCAAUGUAUGCAGUGCAACUCCCUCUCUGAGAAGGAGGAGCCUUUUACGGAUCUUUCUUUGGCCUUUUGUCCUUUUUCCACCUCUCAGGAUGGCCCUCAACCUGAGGGGCCCUCAGAGGAGCCUAAGGUUCUCUGUCAGGGAUCUGUCAAUGGUGGCAGUGAAAUUCCUGAACCUGGCUCAGCCAAAGCCCUGGCUAACAGUGUCCAUGUUGUGCCAGUGACAAAUGAGCCUCCUCUCUCUGUGCCUGACCUGGUGAACUAUUUUCUGGCUCCAGAGAUCCUGGAUGGAGACAAUGCCUAUUUCUGUGAGAAGUGUGGCUCCCUCCAGCGGGCAGAGAAGACCAUGAAAGUGGUGUCAGCCCCCGAGUACUUGAUCCUCACCCUGCUGCGAUUCUCAUAUGAUGCUAAAUGCCAUGUCCGGAGGAAGAUUCUGGACAAUGUCACCAUCCCACCACUCAUGAGAUUUCCAGUCCAUGCCCCUUCACCACCUACACAAUGUUCCUCUUCUGCCUCUUCUCCUCUGCAAGUGGAUUCCCCUGAGAGCAGUGAGAAUCUGGCCAAGAAGCUCAAACCAUCUCAAAAAGAUGAGGAGGAAGAGGAGAAGGAGAGGAUAGAUGGAACAGAGCAGAUUACAAGAGGAGGAGAAAUAGCGGUCCAGUCAGUGCCCUACAUCCUAAGCUCGGUGGUGAUGCAUUCUGGUAUAUCAUCUGAGAGUGGCCACUACUACUCUUAUGGUUGUAACAUCAAUGGAGCAGAUGGAACACAGCAUCAAGCCAGUCACUUCGCCCUCAAGGAUGUGGGGAGUGGCCAAGCAGAGUGCAACCUCUCCACUUGUUCAGCUCUCUCACUCGAACCUGAACAAGGAGACACACCCCCUAAUAGCAGCCAGGAGGCAAGGGAUUGGCUGCUGUUUAAUGAUAGCAGAGUGACUUUCACUUCCUUCCAAUCAGUGCAAAAUAUUACUAAUCGCUUCCCCAAGGACACAGCUUAUGUUCUUAUGUACAGGAAACAGGAGCUACUUGGGCAGAACUCAAAUGGGGGACUGAUGGCAAAUGGAAUGAGACUGUGUGCUGAGCCUCCCCUGCAUAAAGAACUCCUGGAUGCUAUCAUCAAGGACAACAAGCUGUUUUUACAAGAACAGGAGCUCAAUGCUCGAACCCAGGCUCUCCAGGCCCCCUCAUCGUCUUGCUCAUUCAGGCCCAAUGGUUCAGAUGACAAUAACCCACCAGGGAGCUGUGGUCCAUCUGGUGGAGGAGGAGGGGGAGGUGGCUUCAAUACCAUUAGUAGACUGGUAUUCUGACAGGGAAAAAAUGCUGCAGGAAAACCAGAUGAACUGGCACUAAGGAAGUCCUCAACUGCUUCAUGAAUGAGCCUGAACUGUCAAACCACAGAUGUGCAUAUAACCUCGUAAAAACAUUGAAACAAUCUAAGAACACGCACAUAGAGCACCUGUGCUUGUUCUGAUAAUAGAUUUGAUUUUGUCAAAUACAUUGGUUCACUCAUCAUUUAAUAUUUCAUUUAUUAGAUUAUUUCUAAGAUCUUGACAUUGUAAUCAUCCAUUAACCCUCUAGAUUUCAAAACCUGAGGUGCAAAUAUUCAUUGGUGCAAAUGUAUUCUCUCCCUUAAAUAAAAUAAUUAUAGCUAAAUAUAAUUUGAUAUUAUAGAAGUUACAUCAAUAACCAUUAGUUUCCUAGUAAGUGUUUACAUUUUGUUACAUUUUACAUUGAUAAAAAUGUGAAACCGGUUGAUUCUAGCACGUUAUUGCUAUUUGAUUUGUCGGAGCGUUUAUAUUACCUCACACAGAAACACACACACAAACGUAUGCAUGUGCAGUGCACAAUAGACAAGAAAGCAUUCAGAUAUAAGAAACUUUUGAUUUAGAUUUUUCCUAGUUCUGAACACAGUUCACAAACCUUGUUCAUUUUUUUGAUUUGCAUGCAGCUUUUCUUCACAACGUGUGGAGUUUUUCAAGAUAUUUGAAUCUUUUUGGUCUGUGCUGUGGUGUUCUUUAGGUUUCAUAUCCCAUGCAAUAAGUGUACAUAAUGUAUUAUUUAAAUAUCAUCUCCAAAUAUUCUAUUUGAAUAAUCAUGGAAUACGAAAUGUAUAUGAAAGCUGAAAACUAUAUAUGGGCAUCCUCCAAGAUAAAGGCAUUUCAGAAUGAUUAUUUAAGCUGUUGUUUCAUGGUAAGUCAGUGUGGUGUACAGAGAACUAAACUGCAAACUACUCAUGUAAACAUAUUGAUAAUAAGUAACUAUUUGAUGGCAUAUUUAAAAUGUAUUUCUCUGAUUUGAGCAUUCAGGGAGAUUAUGUUCAUGCCAAUUUUAUGUGCCUUUUGAUAUUUCAUGCAGAUUUUUGAAGAGGAAUUUGUAUUUUACACCUCAGCUGUACUGUCUUAAUAUUCAUAAAG